CUACUUUGCGUCAAUUGCCAUCCGUCUCGCCCUAUAUUAAAACACCCACCGAGCUCCCAAACUUGCCGGUUUCUCUCUCGCUGUUGCAACUCCCUUUUCCUCUCCUCAGGUGUCUCUCACGAUUCCCCUCAUCUCUUGUAUUGUCUCUGCUCACUGAAAAACCUUCGUUAAACAACCCAUUUUCCAGCAUGACUGCUACAAACGGACAUUCGAAUGGCGCCAACGGCUCCGCCGAGCGCACACCUCUUCGACCGGGCAUCUACUCGCCGACCAUGACCUUUUUCGACCCUGACACAGAAGAGUUGGACAUUGCCUCAAUCAAGAAGCAUGCUGUACGCCUCGCCGAGGCCGGUCUCGUUGGUCUCGUGACCAUGGGUUCCAAUGGUGAAGCCGUCCAUCUUUCCCGCAGUGAGAAAACUGCCGUCACACGAGCAACACGCGAGGCGUUGGACGAGGCCGGAUACAAGAACGUACCAGUGAUCGUGGGAGCUUCCGAGCAUGGCAUCAAACUCACAAUUGAGCUUUGCAAGGAGUCCGCCGCUGCUGGAGGAGAAUACGUCCUCUUGGUGCCCCCCAGCUACUACCGCUAUGCCAUUGAUGAGGAGGCCAUUGUGGAAUACUUCACCAAGGUCGCGGACGGCUCGCCUCUACCCGUGAUCUUGUACAACUACCCAGGUGCCGUUGCUGGCAUUGACAUGGACAGCGACCUCAUCAUCAAGCUCGCCAAGCACCCCAACAUCGUCGGAACCAAGUUCACCUGUGGAAACACUGGAAAGCUCACAAGAGUGGCACUGGCGACAAACGCCGUCACUACCACGAGCACGGGAAGUGGAUACAUGGCUUUCGGUGGCAUGGCUGAUUUCACGGCUCAGACCGCAGCCAGCGGCGGGUCCGGCAUUAUUGCUGGCGGUGCCAACGUCGCUCCUAAGGUUUGCGUCAAGGUCUGGAACCUGUGGGCAGAGGGCAAGUAUGAUGAAUCUCUUGCGCUCCAGAAGGUCUUGAGCAAGGGCGACUGGGUCCUUACCAAGGCUGCCAUUCCAGGUACCAAAUCUGCCAUUCAGUCCUACUUCGGUUAUGGUGGAUACCCCCGCCGGCCGCUGAAGAGGCUACCGCAGGAGAAGGUCACUGCGGUUGCAGAGGGCAUUCGGGAACUCAUGGAUGUCGAGAAAAGUCUAUAAUGGUAUCAUGAUUUUGAUUUGCGUUUCUCUUUGUUUUUCCAUUAGGUACCUAGGUAGGUAUAGCUGCACGACCGACCUCCUCAGGUCAGGCACUCAUUGCCGACGCUGCGUCCAGUUCUGCCAGAUAGCAUUCGUACCCGUGAGGGUUUCAUUGUAAAUAACGAGUAUUCGAAAUGAAUAAUAGACAUGUCCCUCUUUCCUUCAACACCAA